UAUUGACAACACAUAAACAGCUGAUCAUUGACUGCAUGUGUUUGACUGAUAUAUGAUAUCAUAAAUUAAUUGAUUAUUAAUUAAUUAAUUUGAAGACCAAUCUUAUGAAACAUACGUGUAAUGUCUCUUAGAUAUGGAUUAGAUAUACUUUGUGGCCGAUAUUGUGCCACCAAUUGACUGGCGGAUCAAUUAAUUUGAUUGUUGACCUCGUUUUUUUUAUCCCAAAUCACUGAUGAUGUCAUCAAUGACAACAAUGUGGUCAUCGAUGAUAUCAAAUGUCAUUUUUAUGGCAUUUAUUACGAUUAGUAUUAUGAAAGUGAUGUCAUGUCUGGACAACGGUCUGUGUCUGACACCGCCGAUGGGUUGGCUGUCGUGGGAGCGCUUCGGCUGUAAUGUUAAGUGUCAUAUCAAACCCGAUGACUGUAUUAGUGAGAAGUUAUUUAAAGAUAUGGCUGACAGACUUGUCAGCGAUGGUUAUCGAGAAGUGGGUUACAAUAGGAUCAACAUUGAUGACUGUUGGAUGAGCCGAUCCCGUACAAAGGACAAGAAGCUAUUGCCCGAUCCCAAGAGAUUUCCAAAUGGGAUCAGACAUUUGGCUGAUUAUAUGCACUCGAGAGGUCUUAAACUGGGAAUCUAUCAGAAUUACGGUUUGAAGACAUGUAUGGGUUAUCCCGGUCUCAUUGGUUACCAGAAAGUGGACGCACAAACAUUUGCCGAUUGGCAGAUAGAUAUGAUCAAAAUUGAUGCCUGUUUUACACCCGUCCAUACACUGGACAAAGGUUACGAAGACUUUGGCGAUGUCCUCAAUCAAACAGGUCGUCCAAUGGUCUAUUCGUGCAGUUGGCCAUACUAUCAGUUACAUACGUCGACAGUGAUUCCCAACUGGAAUCUCAUCGCCGAUAAGUGCAACAUAUGGCGUACAUAUCAUGACAUUCACGCCAAUUGGAAAGACCUGUUGGCCACCAUUGACUUUGUUGGUGAUAAUCAACAAGUUUUGAAUCGCAAUGUAGGACCGGGUCGUUGGAAUGAUCCCGAUAUGCUAUUAAUCGGCAACAAAGGCCUAACUGUUGAUCAAUCGAUGGUUCAAAUGGGCAUUUGGUCGGUAAUCGCCGCUCCGUUAUUCAUGUCCAACGACUUGAGACACAUUACGCAAGAGUUUAAAAAUAUUUUGCUCAAUAAGGAAGUGAUUGCCAUAAAUCAAGACCCGAUGGGCGAACCCGGCUUUAGGGUGUUUCACAACGAAACACUAGACAUAUGGGUGCGUCCAUUAAUGCCAUCGCAUCCACAACACGACUCCGGAAUCGGUGACACGUCCUACGCGUUGGCAUUUGUGAACCGUCGCCAAGAUGGCCAAAUUACCGUCGGUGUCAAACUUGAAGAAUUGGGUCUAAAAACUAGUAGAAGUUAUCGUAUGCGCUAUGUGUUUGCCAAACGGGACUUAAGUGUAAUGACCGGAGCCGAUACUGUACGGGUGUCGAUACCCGCCACCGGUAUUCGGCUUUUGACAGCAAUACUCGACUGACGACUAAAUUAUUUUUUUUGUUGAUAUAACUAAUCAAAAACUUUUUACUAUAAAUCCAUAAAAAACUAAUAUUAUAUUUAUAUUUGUUAUACGU